AUGUCCCUCUACGCACCCUUCCUGGACCCACGAGGACACCAGCGUGCAUGCACGGGGGAAGAGACCGGUCUCUCGAGGAGAGGCGCGCUGGGCAUUUAACAGCGGCGGUGAUGAGGCUUCAUUCAGUCCAGCUGUGCCUCAUCACACGCCGCCAGCCCGCGUUGAUCCCACGCCCCUCCUCUCAUCCACCCACUCCAGUCGGGAGCCUGGUGAAGGGCGGCGAAUAAGGGACGGGGUGGUGAUGAUGAUGAGGGGGAGGGCCACCGAUCCGUCACAAUAUAUAUAUAUUACAUAUUGUUUUAGUUUGUAAUUGUUAAAAAGGUUCAAAAAUUCCUUUAAAACUAAACUAAUAGCAUAGCUGUUUGUGAUGCUGCAAUGUGUGGUUUAUGUACUGUAUAUAGAUGGUCUGUAAUGACACAGUGGCCUCUGUAUGCUAAGUCUUUAAUGCUAGUGUGUGUAUGAAGUGAAUUUGACUCAUUUAUGAAGUAUAUUUGGAUUGGCAGGCCUAAUAGCUGGACAGUAAGAAGAGUGACGCUGCUUCUAAAAUGAAUCUCAGUGAGGAGACAGAGGAGGGAUGUUCUCAGUCCUGGAGAUCUCCAGAUCCCAGCUGUGUGUCUCUGAAGAGUAAUGUGUCCAAGGAGUUUUUGCCUCAUAAUUUCAAUGAUGAAGAGACCAUUGAUCCUAUAUGUGGAGUUUGUGAGCAGGUUCUGAGAGAUUCGGUUUCUAUCAGCUGUGGACACAGUUUCUGCAGACAGUGCAUCAGUUUUUACAGGGAUCAGUCCAGACUAUCAGAAGACUUUGACUGUCCUCAGUGCAGAAAAAGAUCCAGAACACCAAGAGGAUCCGGUUCUGUUGGUUCUGCUGACCUGAAGGAGGACACUGGAGACCUGCAGAAAUCAGAUGAUGAACUACAGAGAGUCAAAGACCAUCACAAAAACAGCAUGAAGAACAAAUACGAGAGAUUAUUUGAGGGACUGAACCUCCAGGAGAAUGAAAGCCUCCUGAACACGAUCUACACACAGCUCUACAUCAUAGAGGGAGAGAGUGAAGGAGAGAAUGAAGAACAUGAGGUUUUACAGAUGGAGAAAACAGCCAGAACAAAACACUCACAAGACACUGACAUCUUUAAAGCCUCCUCUGAACCAGGAUGUGAGGAGGAAGACCAGGUCAAGACUGUUCUUACUAAAGGCAUCGCUGGAAUCGGAAAAACCGUCUCUGUGCAGAAGUUCAUUCUGGACUGGGCCGAGGGAAAAGCCCAUCAGGAUGUAGAUUUCAUGUUUGUGCUUCCAUUUCGAGAGCUGAACCUGAUCCGAGAUCAUCAGUACAGUCUUCACAGACUUCUGCUGGACUUUCAUCCUGAACUUCAAGAUCUGGACUCAAAGAUUUAUGAGGAGUGUAAAGUUGUGUUCAUCUUUGAUGGUCUGGAUGAAAGCAGAAUCACACUGAUGUUUUCAGAUGCUCAGAAAGUUUGUGAUGUGACUGAGACUUCAUCAGUGGGUGUGUUGAUGUCAAACCUCAUGAAAGGAGAGCUGCUUCCUCUGCUCUCAUCUGGAUCACCUCCAGACCAAAUUGUUUUACUAUUUUUCAGUGUUGCUGGAUGUAAUCUCACUGCUCAGCAUUGUGAAAUAUUGGCAUCAGCUCUAUAAUCCUCAAACUCUGUCCUGAGAGAGCUGGAUCUGAGUAACAAUGACCUGCAGGAUUCAGGAGUGAAGCUGCUCUCCAAACUGUCAUCUGGAGAUACUGAGGUAUAUAAGAAUAUAAGGAAUAAUUUACAGUUAGCCUGUCAUAAUGUUAAUGUGUGUCUGUAGGUUGUCAGGCUGUAUGGUGACAGUUGAAGGCUGUGGUUAUUUGUCUUCAGCUCUGAGUUCAAACCCCUCACACCUGAGAGUAGGGCUGUCGCGGUUAAGGAAUUUCCCUUGCGGUAAUUUUGAGUGGCUUAAUAGCGCGGUAUGCGGUAUUACCGCAUAUAUUUAUAUAUAUAAUCUGUGUGUGUAUGUGUUACGAUGUAAGGAGGUCAUUCAGAAACCAAUAAAACCGAAACUAAAUCGCGUUGAAACAGGAAGUGAAGUAAACAGAAGAGAAUGACAAAAUAACGGUCCACAUAACAAAACUUAAACCUGACAAUAAGAUCAUUAGUAUAUUGUUAGCCUAUAACAGUUAGUUCUGAUCCUCAAAUCUGACUGACAAGAUACUUUUUCUGUUGAUAUUUCACCUGCGUGUUCUAGACGGGCUGUCAGUCAGUGCAGUUUCAUUGUUUCGCCUCAAGGUGGCGGCAAGAGACUGUCUUUGAGUGAAUCUUCAUUCAACUACACGUUCAAAAGCGCUGAUUCAUUCAGAGAUUUGUAAUGAAACACGCUGUUUAAAUCAUUUUAACUUUGAGCGCCACUUUUAAAGGCUCAGCUGACCAGCAGAGCAUCGAUGCUAAGACAGAUUUCGCUUUCCUUGGACAUGACAACCUAUUUUUACAUAUGAUUUGGCCUGAAGGACAGACGCAGGUAAUCGCACGCGAUCAGUCGAUCUCUCUCUCAUUCGCUGUCUGUUUAGGCUUGUUAAGUGCAAAUUUACUGAGCCUCUGUGCAAAUCAGCAUGAUACACAUUGUUAUCAUUACUAAUAUUCAGUACACAUGCACGAAGUGUAAAACAAGAAGGGCGUAACCUUACGAAAAAGAAAAUACUGAAAUAUCGCGGUUGCUGCGGUUGUUGCAUUUCUCUGCGGUUAUGCUCAUCAAUAGCGCGGUAUUGCGAUAUUGCGGUUAUCGCGACAGCCCUACCUGAGAGAGCUGGAUCUGAGCUACAAUCACACAGGACAAUCAGGAGUCCAGCUGCUCAAACACAAACUGGAGGAUCCAAACUAUAAUCUGCAGAUUCUCAAGUAUGUUGACAACUAUAGCUGCAUGAUUAAUGAGAACUAAUGUUUUGCAUGUCUUUUAUUUGUGUGUGUGUGUGUGCAUGUGAGAGAGAGAGAGAGAGAGAGAGAGUGGUGGGGGAAUAGUGUAAGAGAUUUGUGAUCUCUAUUCUAAGCGCAAAAUUAGA